UAUCGCCAUUGGUGGACCUGUAAUAGGGAACGGACAUUUUUUAGUUUUUCUACUUUUAGAUUUAAAAAAGCACUUAAGAUGGGUUGCGGUGAAUUUUUGGUGAAAUACAUCUUGUUCUUUGCGAACUUGUUCUUCGCGUUGGCAGGUCUCACCCUUCUGGGACUCGGCAUAGCGGCACAAGUAAAAGCGGUAGACCUAACUGAACUGGGCCUCACUCUAGCGCCCGUCAGCUCCAUAGUGUUGGGCAGUCUCGUCUUCUUUGUAGCUUUCUUCGGAUGCUGUGGAGCUAUAAGGGAAAACAACUGCAUGUUGGUUACCUACUCCAUCUUCAUGUUGAUCCUGAUGAUCUUGAAAAUCACCUUAGCCACUUUGAUCUUCGUGAACCUGGAUGGCGUGCUCAACCAGAUCCCACAGUUCUUAAAAGACAGUUUUAAUAAGGAUCCACAAGCAUUCCAUGAUCUUGAAAGCUCGUUGAAAUGUUGCGGUCCAGCCGGAUAUAUAUCCUACAUGCCAGCCGCAUUCCUGCCCGAUUCCUGCUGCGCUAGCACGCCUUGCGUCCCGAUAAAUGCCUACAGUGGAUGUGACAUUGUGAUCAAGGAUUUCUUGAACACGUUCAGCUUAGUCAUUGGUUCUAUUGCCAUUGCUAUUGCUGCUGUCGAGCUGGUAGCCGUGAUCUUCGGUCUGUGCCUUGCCAGUCACAUUCGCAACAAAGCCAGAAGAGGCACAUACUGAAAAACUACUUUUAUGCUCCAUCAUAGACAAUUUAUCUGUACAGGACUAUGAAUGUGCCCUAGUAAUUAAUAUAAACAUUGGAUUUAACAAUUGAUAAUACAAUUAUUUUUGUUUCGGACAUGAAUAAAGUCUAACAAAAAACCAUUUUCAUGUUACAAUCUAUUGACGUUAAGAACAUA